UGAGCAAUGAGCAGGAGUGGGAGAAUACUAUGGAAAGCCUGCCCUUGGACACAUCCAAACCUGGGAAUGUCAGUGAAGGAUGCUUGGAACAAGCUGAUAUGAAUGGCCUUCUGGAUACUGAAGAGGUCAAGAUGAUUGGAAGUCCAGAAGGAUUAGAAUGUCGAUCGCUCCACCACCCAGAGAAGAGAGGAAAUGCAGCUUUCCUUUCUGAGGAAGGCCGCAGAGAUUUAAACGAAAGCACCUUCCAGCAUGGCAUCCAUCAGAUCUUUGAUCUUCUGGAGAAUCAGAGGCAGCAAAUAAAGGAAAAGCCUUAUAAAUGUCCAUACUGCAGAGAAGGCUUCCAGGAUCGAUCACACUUGGUUGUCCAUGAGAGAAUCCACACUGGAGAAAAACCCUUCAGGUGCUCAAACUGUGACAAAUCCUUUUCCCAGCGCACUAACCUUCUGAGACACGAGAGGACCCACACAGGAGAGAAACCCUACAAGUGCAUAGAUUGUGAGAAGAGCUUCAACCAGAAGGCCUCUCUCGUCAUUCACAAGAGGACCCAUACGGGUGAGAAGCCAUAUGGCUGCUUGGAAUGUGGGAAGAACUUCAGUACCAGCUCUCAGCUUAUAACGCACAAGAGGAUACAUUCGGGUGAGAAGCCCUAUCAGUGCUCAGACUGUGGACAGAGCUUCAGUCGGAGACCACACCUCGUUGUACAUGAGAGGAUGCACACAGGAGAGAAACCAUAUAGCUGUCCGGACUGUGGACAAAGCUUCCGGAACAGCUCAGUUUUUACAGUUCACAAGAGGACACAUACAGGAGAGAAGCCAUAUAAAUGCUCAUAUUGUGGACAGAGCUUCAGUCGAAAGACCAAUCUCAUUAAGCAUGAGAGGAUUCAUACAGGAGAGAAACCUUUUAAGUGCCCUGAGUGUGACCAGUGCUUCAGGUCGACCUCAUUGCUCAAAGCUCACAAAAGGACCCACACAGGGGAAAAACCAUAUAAAUGCAUUGACUGUGAGAAAAGAUUCUGCGGUCUCACAGGGCUUCGCAAACAUAAGAAAACUCAUGUAGGAAUGAAGCUGUAAUGACCCUUGGAGGACAGGAAGGGUUGUGGUACAAAGAUCUGACCGCAUCUGGCUAGCGCUUAAAAAUCUCCACUGAGUAGGAGUUGAAGUUUUGGUUCUUCCCUUGGAACAGUGUAGGUUCCAGGCUAUCUGAAGGACUGUCCUUUUUUCCUAUGAAUUUGUCCCUGCUGCAAAUGCCUACAGCUUCAAAAGUGAGGUGGAUGGCCCCCAGAAAAUGGCCUUUUUUGUGGUGGCCCCAGACU